AAACCGGUACGGCUGAUGAAACCUACGCUUAUGCCAAGGAUUAAAGACCUGUGUAGAGAAUUUGUAUCGAAUACUUCCAGCCGUAAUUAUUACAAUAGACCAGAAAAGUUAAUCCACAAUGGGACAUGGAAAGAAUCCGAAAAAGAAAUCACAUACGUCGUAAAGGAAAUUUUUGGUGUUCUUGAGGAUUUUUGGAAUAACCCAGCCCUUGAUUCCGAAAUAUCAAAAUCGUUAAAUGAAGGAACUUAUCAAUCUACCGUUAUCGUACCGGUUAUUCGAGCAGUAUUAAGAAAUCUUCCUUUUAGGACGCCUUCAUUUAUCACUACCUCGGAAAAACAGAGUAUUGCUAGUGCCGAUAGGAAGGGGGAUGGGAAAAUGGGGAGGCGUCCAGAUAUCAUGCUAGCGAUGAGCCCACAAAAAAAGAUCGAUGACGAGAUAAAGUUAUGGCGUGAGACUAAUAACGGACUAUAUUGGACGCGAAAAACUCUUAAUCCGGAUAAAGAUCAAUUUGGAAUAGUUGGGGUGCAAAUAGCAGGUGAUACCUUACAUCUGAAUGUUCUUGUCAGGGAUAAAGUCAAUAUUCAUAAAAUUAUCAUAUUCAAUCGGCUAAAAUUCCUGUGCGAAUAUCAGAUGAAGAUGAA